AUGGAGUCUGGUGCGUACCUGAAGGGCUGCUUGUGUUGUCACCAGGUGACGGUGGAAGACUCUCAGCUGUCCCAUCUGACUCGAGAUCGAGCGAAGAUCCCUCAGAACCGGCGGCUGCCGACCAGAGGUCACCUGCUCGCUGUGGCGUCGGCCUCGUCCUCUGACGGGACGUUGACCCUGGAUCUGAUCCACGAGGCCAUCGGCCCGGACUGUCCCCGCUCCAAGACGGACGGAGCUCUCAACGCCGCCGCCGCCGAGGCUUCUGGGAAGUCUCAGAGCCUUCCCCGGGACGUGGCGGGACAAACGCCACAGCCCGGCAAACGCCUCACGCCCGCCGAGAAGAACCGCUGCGCCUCACUGGACGAGAUCCUGACGCACUCGGAGCCCAGAACGGCGAGGAACAAAGCGGCGCCGAUCGGCGCGCUGCAGGACCUGAUCGCCGAGAAGCUGCAGAACACGGAGCGGCUGCUGGCGGCGGCGAGAGGAAACGGCGGCGAGCCCGGGAAGGCGAACGCCGGCGCCGGCAGCGAAGCCGAGAGACUGCUGGCCGAGGCCACGGCGGCAUGGCGGCAGGCGCAGGAAGUGCUGCGCGAGGUGACAGAGCUGAGGGAGCUCUGUCAGCAGCUAGGCUCCGCCUCCUCCUGCUGCUGCUCAGCGCCAAAAACUGAACAACGCAGCAUGUGAGCCGCACGCCGCUGGAGGGGGAAAAAAGCCACUUGAACUUUUAAAUUAUUGGGAAACAUUCUGGUACGACAGGAAGUGCUGGAAAACAACUUCCUGUUUCUUAAAUUCAGGGUUAGAUUUUUCCGGUGGAAAACGAGAGAACUUGUCCGGUACAUUUAGCCGUGUUUUGGUGUUUUAGGCCCCUCGAUGUCGCCUUCCAGUGCAACACACACACACACACACAAACACACACAAACACACACAAACACACACACACACA